GCGGCUGCGCUAGCGCCCGCAGCCCAGGGGCUCGCGGAGCCGGGAGCGAUAACCAUGGACUGCAGUCUAUUGAGGACGCUCGUGCGCAGAUACUGUGCAGGGGAAGAGAACUGGGUGGACAGUCGGACCAUCUACGUGGGACACAAGGAGCCCCCUCCGGGUGCAGAGGCCUACAUUCCACAGAGAUACCCCGACAAUAGAAUCGUCUCCUCCAAGUACACAUUCUGGAACUUCAUACCCAAGAACUUAUUUGAACAGUUCAGAAGAAUAGCCAACUUUUAUUUCCUCAUCAUCUUCCUGGUACAGUUGAUCAUCGACACACCCACAAGUCCAGUGACAAGCGGGCUCCCACUCUUCUUCGUCAUCACUGUCACGGCCAUCAAGCAGGGCUAUGAAGACUGGCUUCGCCACAAGGCCGACAACGCCAUGAACCAGUGUCCCGUGCACUUUAUCCAGCAUGGCAAGCUGGUCCGCAAGCAGAGUCGGAAGCUGAGGGUUGGGGACAUUGUCAUGGUGAAGGAAGAUGAGACCUUUCCCUGUGACCUGAUCUUUCUCUCCAGCAACCGGGCAGAUGGGACAUGCCAUGUCACUACAGCCAGCUUAGACGGAGAGUCGAGCCAUAAAACUCACUACGCAGUGCAGGAUACCAAGGGCUUCCACACAGAGGCGGAUGUUGACAGCUUGCACGCCACGAUCGAGUGUGAACAGCCACAGCCUGACCUCUACAAGUUUGUGGGGCGCAUCAAUGUUUACAACGACCUGAACGACCCUGUAGUGAGGCCUUUGGGGUCAGAAAACCUGCUUCUCAGAGGAGCCACACUCAAAAACACAGAGAAGAUCUUUGGUGUGGCUAUCUACACAGGCAUGGAGACCAAGAUGGCCCUGAACUAUCAAUCCAAGUCCCAAAAGAGAUCUGCUGUGGAAAAGUCAAUGAACACAUUCCUGAUCGUGUACCUCUGCAUCCUGGUGAGCAAGGCCCUGAUCAACACGGUGCUGAAGUACGUGUGGCAGAGUGAGCCCUUCCGAGAUGAGCCAUGGUACAACGAGAAGACCGAAUCCGAGCGCCAGAGGAAUUUGUUCCUCAGGGCCUUCACCGACUUCCUGGCCUUCAUGGUCCUCUUCAAUUACAUCAUCCCCGUAUCCAUGUACGUCACCGUGGAGAUGCAGAAGUUCCUCGGCUCCUACUUCAUCACCUGGGAUGAGGACAUGUUUGAUGAGGAAAUGGGGGAAGGGCCUCUGGUCAACACAUCUGAUCUGAAUGAGGAGUUGGGACAGGUGGAAUACAUCUUCACUGACAAGACCGGCACGCUUACAGAGAACAACAUGGCCUUCAAGGAGUGCUGCAUCGAGGGCCAUGUCUACGUACCCCAUGUCAUCUGCAAUGGGCAGGUCCUUCCCGACUCUUCUGGCAUUGACAUGAUCGAUUCUUCCCCCGGAGUCUGUGGAAGGGAACGGGAGGAGCUGUUUUUCAGGGCCAUCUGCCUGUGCCACACUGUCCAAGUGAAAGAUGACCAUUGUGGGGAUGAUGUCGAUGGUCCCCAGAAAUCUCCAGAUGCAAAAUCCUGUGUGUACAUAUCGUCCUCGCCUGAUGAGGUUGCACUGGUCGAAGGCGUGCAGAGGCUUGGAUUCACGUACCUGAGGCUGAAGGACAAUUACAUGGAAAUACUGAACAGGGAGAACGACAUAGAGAGAUUUGAAUUGCUAGAAGUGCUGACCUUUGAUUCUGUGCGGAGAAGAAUGAGUGUGAUUGUAAAGUCUACUACAGGAGAAAUUUAUCUGUUUUGCAAAGGAGCAGAUUCUUCAAUAUUUCCCCGAGUGAUAGAAGGCAAAGUAGACCAGGUCCGGUCUAGAGUGGAGCGCAAUGCCGUGGAAGGGCUGCGAACCCUGUGUGUUGCAUACAAGAGGCUCGAGCCAGAGCAGUACGAAGAUGCUUGCCGACUGCUACAGAGUGCCAAAGUGGCGCUUCAGGACCGGGAGAAGAAGCUGGCAGAAGCCUACGAGCAGAUAGAGAAGGACCUUGUUCUGCUUGGUGCUACGGCUGUUGAGGACAGGCUCCAGGAGAAAGCUGCUGACACAAUUGAGGCACUACAGAAGGCAGGCAUCAAGGUCUGGGUGCUCACCGGGGACAAGAUGGAGACAGCAUCCGCCACCUGCUAUGCCUGCAAGCUGUUCCGCAGGAGCACGCAGCUGCUGGAGCUGACCACCAAGAAGCUAGAGGAGCAGAGCCUGCACGAUGUGCUCUUCGACCUGAGCAAGACAGUGCUGCGCUGCAGCGGGAGCAUGACCAGGGACUCCUUCUCGGGGCUCUCCACAGAUAUGCACGACUAUGGUUUAAUCAUCGAUGGAGCAGCACUGUCCUUGAUAAUGAAGCCGAGAGAGGACGGGAGCUCCUCGGGCAACUACCGAGAGCUCUUCCUGGAGAUCUGCAGGAACUGCAGUGCUGUGCUGUGCUGCCGGAUGGCACCCUUGCAGAAGGCCCAGAUCGUUAAGUUAAUCAAAUUUUCAAAGGAGCAUCCUAUUACCUUAGCAAUUGGUGAUGGUGCAAAUGAUGUCAGUAUGAUCCUGGAGGCCCACGUGGGCAUAGGUGUCAUCGGGAAAGAGGGUCGCCAGGCUGCAAGGAACAGCGACUAUGCAAUACCCAAGUUUAAACACUUAAAGAAGAUGCUUCUUGUUCAUGGGCAUUUUUAUUAUAUCAGGAUAUCUGAGCUUGUGCAAUACUUCUUUUAUAAGAACGUCUGCUUCAUUUUCCCUCAGUUUUUGUACCAGUUCUUCUGCGGAUUUUCACAGCAGACUUUGUACGAUACUGCGUAUCUGACUCUCUACAACAUCAGCUUCACUUCCCUCCCGAUUCUCCUGUACAGCCUCAUGGAGCAGCACGUGGGCAUUGACGUGCUCAAGAGAGACCCGACCCUCUACAGAGACAUUGCCAAGAAUGCGCUGCUGCGCUGGCGGGUGUUCAUUUACUGGACGUUUCUCGGCGUUUUUGACGCUUUGGUAUUUUUCUUUGGUGCUUAUUUCAUAUUUGAGAACACAACCGUGACCAUCAACGGACAGAUGUUUGGGAACUGGACCUUCGGGACGCUGGUGUUCACUGUGAUGGUGCUCACUGUCACACUGAAGCUCGCACUGGACACGCACUACUGGACUUGGAUCAACCACUUUGUCAUCUGGGGGUCGCUGCUCUUCUACAUUGCCUUCUCCCUGCUCUGGGGAGGGGUUAUCUGGCCGUUCCUCAGUUACCAGAGGAUGUACUAUGUGUUCAUAUCCAUGCUGUCCAGUGGGCCUGCCUGGCUGGGUAUCAUACUGCUUGUCACGGUCGGCCUCCUCCCUGACGUCCUCAAGAAGGUCCUGUGUAGGCAGCUGUGGCCCACGGCAACGGAGAGAACUCAGGCCAGGAACAAGUGCCUUUCUGUUGAGCAGCCCACCGUCUUUAUGCUUUCCCAGACCGCCAGUAGUCUGAGUUUCUGACCAACAGCUCAUGGCAGCUCCCCAUGCCCAUCAUGGGGUGCAGAGCUUUCAGCAUUACUUGACACAGAUGGCUCAGCCCCUAAGCACCUGACAGUCAGACAGAUCACACACAGUCAAUCCAGCUUGAGCAAGGCGACGCCAUCAGCAUGGCUCCAUUCUCUCUCCACAGUCAUGGUGGUAGAGACCGAGACUUCUUCCCACACAGCCACCCUGAGAACUCUGUGAGGUGGAGUCACACUAACGUGACCUCUACUUACCAAUUCCUGUUCUAUUUUUCAAAAUAAAGACCUGUUUUUAGAAACUUCUGUGAUGUGCUGCUUUUAACACCCUGUGGCAGCACAGAGCUCCACCCACUAUGGCAGCAGGAACCUAGCCCUAGGGCCCUUCCCCUUGGUGGCUACUAUAGCCAGUACCUGCUCCUCAGCCAAGAAGUCAGGAGACAGACAGCAGCAGCAUGUAAUGCUGUGGUAUUUUGGCUGAGUUUCCCUGUACCCCAAUAUGACACCCACAUUUGCUCCUCUGUGAGGUUUGGACGUAUGCCUAAAAAACACCCAAAGCAGGGGAAAAAAUAAAAAGCAGUUACCUCCUAUCCUGUUGAGGAAGAAGAUGAUACAUUCUGAAAUAAUGACAACCAAAAUGUUUCUAACUUAGUGCCAUAGAAUCUGUUAGAAUAAAUCGCGUCAUUCCAGCUGCCGGUUACACUUUGGAAAACAUUUUGGAGGAAAUGUUUAGGAAGAUUACAAUGUCACAAGUACUUUGUAAAACAUUACAUAUGCCAACUCAGGCUGCAAACCCUGUUCCCUGCUGAUGAGGUCCACUGGGGUCCUGUCCCCUGUAGCCUGAGUCUCAGCCCCAGGCAUCACAGCUGACCACACAUGCCCAUAGGCCCUGCUACUACACUGCAGACACAACAAACAGACACACUGCACUGGAGAGCACCAUGGAUCUGCAAAGCUUUGGAGGAAUAAACAUUCACAGGCCUGGGCAGAUUUGACUUCAGACGUCUGAGGUUCGCUUUCAACCUGUUCCUAGUACAGGGCAAGCGUGACGGACACUGGGCAUGUUAUAUAUAUCACAUGUGUAUAUAUAACAUAGUGCAUCUCCCUCCGCACCAGCCUCUGCGUCCACACACUUGCAGCAGCCUGCCUGCCUGCCCUGCACCUAUGUGGGCAACACCACCACCUCUGGCUUCUCCCUGGACACUGGUCAGUUCUGCCUACUCUGCUGCCAUCCAGCCUUGUGCCCCUUCCACUCUGAAAGCUCCCCCAUUCCUCAGCGCUGAGGGACCGGUGAAUGAGGACUGGAAAUGUCUAAAAGCUGUGCCACACCAGGCUAGGAGCCAGCAGCCUUCAGGACAUGGCCUGGGAAUGUCCUGUCUGCCAGGCAGGCUGUGCAGAACACUGCUCAUAUGUCAGUGGCUCUGCAGAGGAAGCGACACAACAGGGCUCUGUGGCAGGAUGCAGGUUUUACAAUUCUGGAUGCAAUUCCUCUAUGUUGGGAGUAGGAGCUUGUUAGGACUUGCAACUGGUGGCCCUCUCCUGUGGUGCUGCAGCAUGCCCUUUGACCUGGCCACUUCUUCUCUGGGUGCAGACUUUUUCAAAUGACCCUGCUCCCCUAGAGGGGGGUCUUUGCACACACUGUGGAAGGCAGCCCCCGAAGCCAGCUCUGCACGCCUUGAUGAUAUCAUGACCGAUCCAUGCAAUCCCCGCAGUCAGGGCGCAUAGCUGCCGUGGCUGAGUGUGGGGAUGGCAUAGUGUAGGCGUGGCCUGGACCUGCAGUCACCAGGACACAGGUGCCGGCCUCUGUCACUGGCCUCUGCAGGCAGCAGCUCAGUGUCUUUCCUCGUCCUUGCAGCAGAGCACCCGACUCAAAGCAUUGGCCGAUGCCACCUCGAACAGCGCCAGGCCCCUGCUGAAGGACUUCUUACCGCAGCCAAGACAUGUCUAGCCCAACGCUAGGUAACGGUAUGGCUGCCUGCUGGGCGCUAGGCCAGUGUGCUGUGACUCUCAGACUGUUCUUCCUCCAAAGUUUUGCUGUGUUGUCUGUUUUUUAAAUGAGUGAUUUUCUCUGAAAACAAACUAUACCAUUUUUACAUAUGCACACACAUAUACACACAGGUAAGUAGCACCCGAGAGUGAGCUAAGCACAUAGGGGAAAUGCUGUAGCACAUGCCCAUUGUUGCCUGACAAGCUGGCCUCUGUCCUUGUGACAGACACAGCUUCACUUAAAGCUACAGGGGAUAAUCCUGUCUGGGCACCGGAAGGAACAUCUCACACAGCAGCACAGGACAUGAGCCCAGGUAGCAUCUAGCUGAAACUGUUUGCUAAGCACACAACUGUGUGUGGACAGCCCCGGGGCUCCGAGGCCGCUCCAGUAUUUGUGGAUCUACUAGCCUUACCUAGUGGUGCUCACCUGAAAACAGCACAAUCUGGGAUUGUCCCCCAGGAGAACAGACCCACACUACAACCUCGUGUCCCUCCCUCCGGGCUCUCGGCUGCUGUUUGUGCAUGCUCUGGUCUUUCUUACGAGGCGUGCCAGCCACUUCUGUCUGAUAACUGUAAGCCGAGGGCAUGAUAGCUUGGUGUGGUCAGCAUGAUAUUGACCCCAGUCCCAUCGGGCUAGGACAUACUAGCCCGCACAGGUGAGUCCUGUCGUCUUCCUGGGGUAGUGCUAGAACCCUAGUUCAAGGAUGUCUGGGGCCUUUGAUCACUGCAUGUGACCAUAGUGACAGGGGAGAUACUCAGUGUGUUCAGCACUUUGUCCCCUACCCUCCUAUGUUGUUCCCUAUGUCAGCCAUGUAGGAUGGUCCCUCUUAUGGCACUAAAACUUAGUGUUGAUCCACAGACCAAAGGCACAUUGCCUCUGGACACAGUUCCCACGAGAUGGGCCCACUUACCUACCCCUCAGGGUGAUGUAGUGGUCUGAGGUGGGCUGGCAAAGCUACAGGUGCAUUGGUUGUUAGGGGUUCCUCAGAGAGGUUCUGUAACUGAUGUGGGCUUUCUGUUCUUUUGGCAGAACAUACAACAUCAGGACAGCAUUUCAGAAUUCACCCCUCUGGCCUCUUUGCCGAGCUGGGGUGCUCAGGGCAGCAGACUCUUGGCUGCCCAGUGCAGCUCCCCCUCUGGGAGAGUUGUGUGCUCCAGGUGGGAGAGCGAAGAGUGUCCUGUGCUCCCUCUCCACCCAGGCCUUCCUCACAAGGCAAGGUAUGGGUGCUGUAGGUCCAGCCUGGAGAUGCCCACUUGAUGGACAGACAGCCCCAGUGCCCCAGCCGCUGAGAGCUCUGUUCUUGGGUACCUGUGUGUGCCUGCACCUGUCCCACCCUUCAUUCUCAGGGAGGGCGGGGUGGAAUCACAGGUCACCCACUCAGGCACAGCACACUGCAAUCUGGAUGGUGCGUGGCCGGCGUCAUUGUCCCAGGCCUGGUGACCAUACAUCCAGUUGGGCUCUGGAAAAGGACAUUAAGCCUGGCCUCAUCUUAAGCACUGUGGCUUGAAGCUGGCCUUGCCCCUGAGUAUCCACCCAGCUGCCGUUGUCACCUCUGCUGUCUCUUGAGAAGAAGAUCCUAUCCCUUUGUCUGCAGCCUCGUGCGUAGCCCAUGGCGCUUGGCUCAUACUGUAUCCGGAUGUUCCUGCCCGCCUGCCCGAGUGUUUCCUGUGUGAACCACACACACUUACCCUGUCAGACACGGAGUGGUGUGUGUCUCCUGGACCUGUGGCCGCGCUGUGCUCAUGUUUGCUGUCCCCUCACAAAGCCAUCUUCCUAGAUCAUGUCUGAGUCAAUUUGCUGAGAUCCUGACCCUACACGUCGGAGUGUCCAUGUCAGCGUCCCCGUCCUGUUCCCAGCUGCCUGUGGAAGAUGACGUUUAUGUAUGCGAAUAAGUCACACUGUUAACCAAGUCUCUCAGGAGUGUAGUGAUAGCUGCCACACUCUGGAAUGAUGUCAGUUAAACAUAUUGGAAAACAUUUGUUUCAGGGGUGCAGGGAAAGGGGGAGGUUUGGGGAGCCCAGGCAGGUGUUUUACCUCACCCAGAGGUGAGUCCCAAUACCCACGCUGUCUGGGGCUACUGUGGAUUCAUCCGCUCUAGUCUGCUGCUCUGGUGCCUCCUACUGGUGCCACACAGAUCCUAUCCAGGGCUUCACUUGGAAUGGACAGGCCAUCAGAAGGCCACUGGACUGUGACUCUCCGCUGCUGCCACACUGGCAUUUCUGUUUUCAGCAACACUCCCGACAGCACCGUAAUGGGCCUGACUCAGAAGACGGUUUUUUAGUAUGAUGCAGCCUUUCAGAAAGAACCAGGCAGAGCCUGGGGGAAAGCCAGCCCCAACCCUGUGGAGUUGCGUAGUGGGCCUGGAGCCAUGGUGAGGGUCUCUGGCACUUGAGAGCCUAUAUCCUGGGAAGCACAAAUUUUAUAACAUGAUUACACAAGAUUUCCCUAUAAACCGUGUGCUUGAACUGGGGACCAGCCAACAGUAGGAGCAACCUGGCAGUUGGGGGAGGUUGGGUGAACAUAAACACCACACCAAAGAUGGGGAGGGGGUGGCCUUGAGCUUGGAACAGACAGGGGAUGUCCAGCUCUGCUGAGGGCUGUCUGUGCCUCCACACACCCUCAUGCCCAUUCACCCACCUGUGUCGCCAUGUGUCAGAGGAUUGGAGCCCCAAUCCACACUGGCCCUUAAUUAGUAGUGUGUGCAUUUUUACAGCUCCUUUUUAAGAACCCAGACAGGCACAAAUAUAAUACCUGUGGGGAGGGGCAGAUUCUCUCUGUGUUUAGUUAACAGAUUAUUUGUAAUGUAUUUUUUUAGGGAUCUUAAAAUUACCUUUGCACUAAAGUAUUUUCAUAGCUGUUUCUAUAUCUUACUCAUUUGUUGAUGCACCUUCUGAUUUUUAAAUAUGUUUUUAAAGCUUUCACUUUUUAAGUUUAAGAAUUUUGGCCACUUAAAUGCUGGUGAGCGUUUCGGCUGAAUGUCUCAGUGUCUGGCAGCGACCUCUCUGAUUCUCCUCUGUGCCUCUCUCUUUCUUGAUGUUUCCAGAGACUGACCAGCUGAGAUGUGCUGAGGGCACACCAUCUCCUCUGCUUGCUUUGUCACAGUCCUCUGUCACGUCACGGUUUCUAUUUUGAUUUUGUUUUUUAUUUCCAUCCUUCAGCCUUAAACACCUAAACAACAUCCUUCCUGCAGGGCCUCGAUUCUGCAGCCCUCGCCGGGUGUGGGGACACUCUCCUGCACCCCCACCCCUACCCAGCAGCUGAAGUUUACUUAGGAACUUCCCAGAUUGAAUGCACACUCCAAUGUCCUUUAAAAUUGUGCUUAGGAAAUUACCAAAUGAAGUUGCCUGAGAAUUUGAAGUAGACAAGGGCACAGGUGAAAUGCAGAGACAGAGACCAAACACGCGUGCAGAAGGCCGUCCGACUCACCUCACAGUGGCUGCGUUUGCUUUCCUUAAAACAAGGAACUUCAACUCAAAUUAAGCAUCUUCUUUUCUUAAUUCAGUUGCACAAAUGAACAUCUGUGGCUUACUACAUUGGCCCAGAUUCAUGGCUCCACCACCUACAAAUAGUUCAUCUCCUGUAUGUUCCAGGAGCCCUGGCUGCAUAUGUGUUCUCUUACUUUCUGUUCCACACACAUGCCAUGUACACAUGCGCGCGCACACACAGACACAUGUGCAUUCUUCAAGACCAUGUACCAGCCUGCUUUCUGACAGCCCUGUGCAGAGAUGUUGCCCUCUGGAGCAUCAGGCUCCUUACACACACACAGGCACACACACAGGCACACACACUAGGAAGGGCACUGGGCUAUGUGAGUGCACGCUGUGCUGGACUGAGCUCUCCCCUCCCAGGGAAGCAUACCUCCCAGUCAGGACUUUCCCUUGCUCCCUCAGUCCAGCAGGCAGGACCCAGGCCAACCAAAGCUGCAUGCCAUCCAGGCGCCUGCCCCCUGCCACAUGCCAGCUAGGGAAACCUAAUGUUCCUCCAUCCCAGCGAUCCAUUCCUGAGCACAAGCAGACCAAAGGCCCCACGCAGGGGAAUGGCACACCCAAAGCUGGAACAGGGUAACUUUUCAGUGUUCCUACUGAGCACAUUUCCCAGGAUCAGCGGCCGAAUGUCCCGAGUGUGGCGUCAUGGCCACCCAGGUCGCUGUGCAUCACCCAGGUGUCUGGUGUUCUGGAGGAAGCCCCAGCCUGGGUCUCUGAACCCCCAAGUUCAAGGCAUAUCUGCACUGACUGGUACUGGACUCACCCAUCCAUUUAUUUCAUCUUAAUGUAGUUUAUUGGCAAUGCCAUAGAACACUAGCCCCUUGCAUUCUGCAUUUCUUUUGGAAGUUACCCAUUCAUGACUACAAACAGGAAAGCGUCACUUGGUGAAUGCAAUCUUUUUGUUUUAAAACCUAGAAGACGGGUGAAUGGAAAGGGGAGAGGUUCUGAUACUGUGUCUGAACAAAGCUUUAAUGAAGAUACGUAUGUUGGAAGUAUUAUGAAAGUGUGAUUCUAAUUUUGCAGAAAAAAAUGUCUAUCAAUUUAUAUAGCUUUAUUUUUUACCUUAUCAAGAGAUAGAGAAUUUUAAUAUGCAUAUAUUGUCUGACUUAGAAUCAUGUGUGUCAGCAUUACCACUUAAAAUGUCCACCUACUAUGUCAUGUAUGAGUAAGAGAGAAUCAAAGAUGUAUCUAACAUGAAUGGUUAUCUGUAACUGUCAUUGUCAUAAGAACUGGGAUUGAUUUAAGUUAUCAAAUAUAGUAAGUACAUUAAACAUGUCAUUCUCCAACACUAAUGUCGGACUGAGAGCCCAGUAAGCUGCUUUGAAACUUGUAAAUUAAACCGGAUCAAACGUC